GUCCCGGGACGGGGCGGGCACGGCCCGGCCGUCAUUAAAGGGCUCGGCGGGCGAUACUACUGAGCAGCAUUCCCGGCUGGAGCUAUGGCGACCUGCGUGCAGCUCAACACCGGGGCCAAGAUGCCCCUCAUGGGGCUGGGCACAUGGAAGUCUGCAGCUGGGCAAGUAAAAGCUGCAGUGAUGGCUGCCAUCGAUGCCGGGUACCGCCACUUCGACUGUGCCUAUGUGUACCAAAAUGAGAGUGAAAUUGGGGAAGGGAUCCAGCAGAAAAUCAAAGAAGGUGUUGUGAAACGAGAAGACCUCUUCAUCGUCAGUAAGCUGUGGUCCACAUUUCACGAGAAGCCUCUGGUGAAGGGAGCCUGCCAGAAGACUCUUGCUGACCUGAAACUGGAUUACCUGGAUCUCUACCUCAUGCACUGGCCUACUGGGUUGAAGGCAGGAGAGGAGCUGUUCCCCAAAGAUGACAAAGGCAUGUCUAUACCCAGCAACGCAGAUUUUCUAGAUACAUGGGAGGCCAUGGAAGAGCUGGUGGACUGUGGUCUGGUAAAAGCCAUUGGAGUCUCCAACUUUAACCACGAGCAGAUUGAAAGAAUCCUGAACAAGCCAGGACUGAAGCACAAGCCUGCAAAUGUCCAGAUCGAAUGUAAUCCAUACCUUACCCAGGAGAAGCUAGUAAACUACUGUCAAUCCAAAGGGAUUGCUGUGACAGCGUACAGUCCCCUUGGCUCUCCUGACAGACCAUGGGCUAAGCCAGAGGAUCCUUCCCUUCUGGAUGACCCCAAGAUCAAAGAAAUUGCAGCCAAGCACAAGAAAUCCACAGCACAGGUUCUCCUUCGUUUCCAGAUCCAGAGAAAUGUGACUGUGAUUCCCAAGUCUGUCACACCACAGCGCAUUGUGGAGAACUUCAAGGUAUUUGACUUCAAAUUGACUAAAGAGGAGAUGGCAACUAUUUUCAGCUUUAACAGAAACUGGAGAGUCUAUACCAUGAGCACGGCCAAAACUCACAAGGACUACCCAUUCAAUGCAGAAUACUGAAGAUGGUUAUAUUGUGUCCUCCUUCAGAGCUUGGUUUGAUAUUCUUCCUAUCAGUUUAUCUACCUUUUUUAUUGCAUCUCUCCUCCUGCAGCAAUGAAGUCACAGCAUAUGUAUUUAGUGAUUAUAUUUUGGUUGUUCUCUUUGAAAAAAAGAUACAGUAAAAUUGUUCUAAAA